AUGAGGAAGUGCAAAGGGAUCGGAGAUGCCGCGGUGAUGGAGGUGACGCAGGUGGUGGGGGUGAGGACGAGGGCGCGGACGCUGGCCCUUGCAGCUGCGGCGGCAGCGGCGAGGAUGGGCGGGAGCUCGAAGAGGAGGAUGGCGAUGGUGGGGUCAGGAGAGAUCCAGGUCUCGUACCUCCAGCUCCGGAGCCGGAGUCUAGUCAUGAAACCUCGGAUCGCGAGAUCCACGGCGAAUUCCGGCGGCAGGAGGUGCCCAAGCUCCGAGCUCGGCCGGAUCUCCCGGCGCUCUAGCAACGCCUCAUGCGAGACCGCCCCAGAGGAGCUGCCUUCGCCGUCCGGUGACCCGGAGGACGGCGAGGUUCUGGACACUGCAGCGCCUUACUCCGAGUGCAGCAGUAACAGGAAGGAGACGGCGCCGUCGAGUAGCCGAGUAGAGGAAUGGACCGAUCUGGAACUGACGGUGGAGAGGACAUCGAGGAGGCGACGGAGGGCGGAGAUGAUGCCGUCGGAGGACGAAAUCGAGGAAUUCUUCGCGGCGGCGGAGAGAGACCAGUGGCAGCGAUUCUCCGCCAAGUAUAACUACGACGUCGUCAACGACGCACCAUUGGAGGGCCGGUACGAGUGGUUCCGCUUCCCAUGAAGUGAAUUAAGAAAAAAAAAUCAGAAGGAAAAAAGAAAAAGAAAAAGGGGCACACCAAAUUUCUUUUCUUUUUUCUCUAAUUUUUAAAAAUUAAUGUCCAGUUCUCGUAGCCACCGCCGUCUCUUCUGUAAGACGUAACCCCCAGUCUGCCGUCCCUCUCUCUCAAUCUCUCUCUUUCUCUGUACGAUAUUAUUUGGAGAAGCUUCUGAACUGAAAACCGGAGCCCUCUCUCUCUCCUUUCUUGUUUUCUUCAGUAGAAAUGCUUCGCUCCAAAGUUUCGUCCAUUUCCUCCGUGUGUUGCAGUGUCCUUAAACAUUCUUUAUUUUUCUUUUUGCAUUGAGUUUGAAUUAGUCUGAAUUAUACGACACCGUUAGAUGUUCGUCGGACGGCUGUUUGGUUA